AUGGAUCGGGAGAAUGAAGUCCAGGUGUCGCUUGUGGACGAGGACGAAGACCUGUUGGAAUACGAUGACUCCGUGGGUGGAAAUGAGAGCGAGAGAACAGGUAGGGGUUCCGUUAACGAUGCUGAAUUAGGACUUGUAUUGGACGAUAGGGCCCGUGCAGCUGCUGAGAUGCUACUAAAGAAGACACCGCCUUGCAUAUAUGUGUCCUACGAGGAUGAUUCAUUUCUGUUAUUUGAUUGUGGUGAUGACGGCGAAGCCUCAAUGCCUAUUAUAUGCGACGACAACGUUGAAUUACAUGCUUCCUGCAAUGGUUUAUUUACCGCUGUGCGUAAGUUCUUGGAGAAGUACUAUGGGUCUCUGCCGUUUCUGUCGAAGGAGUUGUUGUUCGACAUUCCAUGCCUUGAUAUAACACUGUGCGAGGACAACGCCUAUAACAAUCAGAUUACAUUCGAAGACAUAACAACAAUCUUUAGGAUACUGAAGGAGAGAUCAGAGGCUAACUCAGAGGCCAACGUUCCAGCACACAUGGAGAUCGAGAUAUCUGUGAGGCCUCGAUUUGUUUCUAGGUAUAAUGCGUUGGUUGAGCUUACUCAGAGCACAGCUUCUCUAGGUAAUAUAAGGCCUUUUACAAAUGACAAAUCGCAUCCUGUGGUUCUAGACGAUAGCACUACCGUAGGCCUCGGUGGUAAGCCUGUUGUCAUGAAUAUCGAUGAAGAAGACGUGGAGGAAGCUAAUGGGGAGCACAAUCAGUCUCAUCAUGAAGGGGCGGAGGACGAUUCGGACGAACUAUUAGAGAUAGUAGACGAAUAG